UACCUAUCGCUCAAGCUACUCCUAGCGUUCAGGGGAGUCCCGCUCAACCAAAUGUCGCUGCUAGCCCUAUCGCUACAGGUGACAUUAGCACUUGCACGACUUGUAAUAAAGUAAAAAGUGCAUGUGGCUCAAAAUUCAAUCUCCCUAAAGUGAACUCUCAAGGCACUUAUAUUGCUUCAGAUAAAUGUUAUUGUAGUUAUGAAGUGUAUAAUUAUUUGUUGCGAUGUUUGACUUGCUAUAAUAGCGCAAAUGUGGGAAAUAGUACUUUGGAUAGUCUUGACGAUUGGAGUGCUACUUGCAUUGCCUUAGGCUCUUCACUCGACCAAAAUAACACAACGCAAUCAAACCAAACUGAUCGUAGCCGUAAAUCGAGAAAAAUCGGGGACUACAACCCUGAUAUAUCAAAACCCACAAAAUCAUUAGAUAUAGUAGAUGAUUACAAACGCAAAACAAAGUACUCUAAUCAGAAUAAUGAUAAUCAAUUCAAAAAAAAUGAUACAAAACAAAAUGAUAUAAAACAAGAUGACAUAAAACAAGAUGAUAUAAAGCAAAAUGAUAUAAAACAAAAUGAUGGUGGUGUUAUGAUCGAUGUCAAUUUAAAUGAUCAACAACAACAACCGCAUUUAUCUGCUCCUAAUGAUAUCAAAAAAGAGAUUCCCCAAGAAUACGAUCAAUAUGACGAUGAAACUAUUGGUCAAGCAAUACUACCUGUAGCCGCCGCCCCUGAAAUUAUUACUAUAAUUCCUGAAGUUCAUAUAAUUGAUGAAAAUUCAAUCAUUAAUUUCAGUGAUAAUAUCAUUGAUAGCCAGCUCCAACAACAACAAUACUAUUAUUCUAGUGAACAACAGCAACAUAUUGACCCUAAUGGAAGUAUAUAUUAUUCUAGUGAAUCGCAGCUACAUAUGGACCCUAAUGAAAAUAUAUAUUACAUUUAA